UCUAUGUGCAAAUUAAGCGAGGUGGCGCAACACCUUUUUGCUUCUGCCACCUCGCGUUUCUCAUCUACUUGAGCUCUAGCUUCUUGAUCCAAGUAUUUUGCAUUAAGUUACAGUUCAAUUAUGUUACAAGAAAACCCUAACUUGGCUGUCCAACCAGAUUUCACCUUGCAAGAACAUCAAUUAGCACGCCAGCAGCUCGUCGAUGGAGGAUUCACCGAUGAUCAAGUGGCCUGUUCGCUAGCAGUGUUAUGGACAUUAGCUAACAAUGCAGACAAGGAACGAUGGAACCUCAGGCAGGAGUGCUUGCAAGAAGCAAGAGAGCGGGAAGAGGAGGAAGAAGAGCAAUGCCAACAAGUGUGCCAAGAAGAGGCAGAGGCAGUGCAUCUAGAGGACAGAAAAAAGAACAAGAUGGCUCAAUACACCACACAAAAGCUCAAAGCCGGAGAUUAUUUAGCGGAACCAGACACUAUGGUUAUGCUUCCUUCCUCGGAAGGGCUACAUUCAUGGAUCCCGGCUGCAGCAGUUAAGGAUCCAAAGGCAGCGCCAAUCGUUAGAGACGAGCACCUCUCCUGGGAGGAGUUUAAUGAAGCUGCACCUCACAUGGUCACCUCGAUGUGACAACAUGACUGGCCUGAGGAGAAAGUCGAAAUGCACAUACAAUUUUGGUAUGCCCUUCAGGCGCACAGAUGGCAACACUCUCCGGACCUGCUCAAGCAAAAAGCGCUCCUCCUCUACCAAUCCCAGCAGCGCUGCCGUUGGCACCAGAGCAUAGGGAC